CCGGGCGGAAGUAUGGGUCCGCGUCCCGGCAUGGAGGUGGGCUAGCGCCUGUUUCUGAACUGAAGCAGUGGAGCCGAGCGUCGCCCUGCCCGCCGCAGCCUGUGCUCCGGGAGUGCCGGCGAGGCGGGCUCGUGCGGGAGUGCCGGGAACAACCGUCGCGGCCCUUUCAGAAAUGCGCUUUUGGGGCCUGAGUGUGUGUGAUUGUGAGUGCACCCCUGCCCAUGAGCAUCAGUAAGCCCAGCGCGCUCACGAAGAGAAACGCUUCUCUGUAGGCCGGUUACCCAGGGACAGAAUGAGCACGUGCUGCUGGUGCACUCCCGGCGGCUCUUCCACCGUCGCCUUCCUGAAGCGCUAUGCUGCCAAGGCUCCGCCCGAUGACUUCCGCACAGCCGAGGAAGACCUGUGCUACUGCCUGGAGUGUGUGGCUGAGUACCACAGGGCCAGGGACGAGCUGCCUUUCUUGCAUGAGGUUUUAUGGGAAUUAGAAACCUUACGUCUUAUAAACCAUUUUGAAAAAUCGAUGAAGGCAGAAAUUGGAGACAAUGAUGAAUUAUAUAUAGUGGACAACAAUGGAGAAGCUCAGCUGUUCGACUUCUCUGGCCAGGAUUUUGAAAACAAGCUUCGCGUUCCUCUUCUUGAGAUCCUGAAAUAUCCUUACCUGCUUCUGCAUGAGCGUGUUAAUGAAUUGUGUGUUGAAGCACUUUGUCGUAUGGAACAGGCCAACUGCUCCUUUCAGGUUUUUGACAAACAUCCGGGGAUCUAUUUAUUUUUGGUUCAUCCCAAUGAAAUGGUUCGACGCUGGGCUAUCCUGACUGCAAGAAAUUUGGGAAAAGUAGACAGAGAUGAUUACUAUGACUUACAGGAGGUUUUAACUUGCCUUUUUAAAGUCAUUGAGUUGGGGCUUUUAGAAAGUCCCGACAUUUAUACUUCUUCUGUUCUUGAAAAAGGCAAACUGAUUCUUCUGCCUUCACACAUGUAUGACACCACCAACUACAAAAACUACUGGCUGGGGAUUUGCAUGUUGCUGACCAUUCUUGAGGAGCAAGCCAUGGACUCACUGCUGUUGGGGUCAGACAAACAAAACGACUUUAUGCAAUCAAUACUUCACACCAUGGAGAGACAAUCAGAUGAUGACAGUAUGGAUCCUUUCUGGCCAGCACUACACUGCUUCAUGGUGAUUCUGGAUCGCCUUGGGUCCAAGGUCUGGGGUCAACUUAUUGAUCCUAUUGAGGCCUUUCAAACCAUUAUCAACAAUGUGAGCUACAACAGAGAGAUCCAAAACAUUCGGAGCAGUUCUGUAAGGACCAAGUUAGAGCCGGAGUCAUAUUUGGAUGAUAUGGUGACUUGUAGCCAGAUUGUAUACAGUUACAAUCCUGAAAAGACCAAAAAGGAUGCAGGGUGGAGAUCAGCCAUUUGCCCAGAUUAUUGUCCUAACAUGUAUGAAGAAAUGGAAACAUUGGCCAAUGUACUUCAGUCAGAUAUUGGUCAAGACAUGCGUGUUCAUAACAGUACCUUCCUGUGGUUCAUCCCUUUUGUUCAAUCCCUCAUGGAUCUCAAAGAUUUGGGUGUGGCUUACAUCGUAGAGGUUAUCCACCAUCUGCACUCCGAAGUGAAAGAUGUCCUCAAUCAAACAGAUGCAGUGUGUGACAAAGUCACUGAAUUUUUUCUUUUGAUUUUGGUGUCAGUGAUUGAACUGCAUAAAAAUAAAAAAUGUUUGCAUUUGCUCUGGGUGAGCUCACAGCAGUGGGUAGAAGCGGUGGUGAAGUGUGCCAAGCUCCCUACCACUGCGUUUGCACGGAGUUCUGAGAGGUCGUCUGGAGUGAACGUGUUCUCAUCACCGGCCAACUCUGUCCAGCUUGCUUCUGUGCAUUUGAUUCUGAGUCUGCUGAAAGAAGGUUACCAGCUGGGGCAGCAGACCCUUUGUAAGCAGUACCAGGACAAGCUGAAUGGGUUCAUUCGUCAGAAAAAUUUAUCUCUAGGUUGUCAACUGACUAGUCAAGAAACACACGAAUUACAAACUUGUUUAAAACAAAUUAUUAGAAAUAUAAAAUUCAAAGUACCUCAGUGUAACACUUCUGUGGAUCCGACUCCUACCUGUAAAAUUCCUUCUAUAUCUUGUAAAGAAGAAAGUGACCCCAUGGAGAAGAAAUGUAAGAAAGAGACACGUUGUCUAGAUAAUUCCAGCCCCACAGUUUCUAAAGAACAAAUGAAAGCUGACGGACAUCACAUGCAAGAGAAUGUAUUGAUCCAAGCAAGUAGCACUGUAGAAGAUAAUGAGGAAAAUUAUAUGACGGAUUUGAAACAAGGAGAUGAUCUGUCGGUUCAGUCGUGCUUAAAGCAAAAUAGUAGAAGUCAUUUUACUGAAAGAGCUCGUAGUCAAACCAAAACGAGCACAGGGGGGCAGAAGUCAGCAGAAGAGACCUGUUCAUGCAACCUGCAGAAGUGUAGUUCAAGAAAUGGUUCUGAAAGGGGGUGUGAUGUAGGAGUCAUAGCAUCCGCGCCUUCUGUAACUGAUCCUGGCUCUGGCUCGCUGGGAAAAGUGUCCCCAUCUCCGUUAAAGGGUGACGGUAAGAUCUCCAAACCAAAAACGAAGGCACAGAAAGACGAGAUCUGUGCAAAGUUGUCAGACGUCCUGAAGAAGCAGAGCCGGAGAGCAGCUUCCGUCGGUGAUGCUGUCAGCGUCGAGGAGCAGGUGGCUGUGGCUGACGCGAAGAGCUUACGUUCAAGGAAGGAUGCAGCCGAUCAGAGCAGGGCCGGCUUUUGGCAAAAUCUGUCUUUAGUCCCCAGUGGUUUUCUGAAUUGUGAAAAAAGAGAACUGGAAAAUGAAGAGUUAGACAGCUAUACUUCCCAUGGAAACAAGUGUGAAAAUCAGGAAAGCCCUGUUGGUAAGAAUCUGGGCUGCUGUGCAGAAUUGAGGCCUACCUCAGUGAAUAAGACAUCUCCCUUUAGAAAUUGUGUGACUGUACGUGAAUCAGGAGACAAGGACAUGAACAAGAGUGCAGAUGUGCUUUUGUGUAACCUGGCAGGAGACCAGGGCCCUGGCUUCAGUCCUAAAUCGGACAUCUUAACAGAUUCUCAGGUAGACCGAGACCUCCACAAAUUAUCCUUAAUAGCUCAAGCUAGUGUUAUUAAAUUUCCAUCAGAUUCAACUCAGAGAAGCUCAUCCCCGCUACAGAGGAAAGUAAAAGAUGACAAAAGACGUUUUAAAGCCGACCAGGAUAAUGCUGGGGACCACAGCUGCGGUCAGGUUAUUAUAAUUUCAGAUUCUGAUGAUGAGGAAGAAGAAAGGCUUCUGGAUUUUGAGAAACACAAGAAACAGGACAAAAAAUGCAUUAAAGUCUGUCCAGAGCAGAGUGCUUCGGUAGUUUCUGGGGAAGAAAAGCUCCCAAAGGGAGAAAUGGUGAGGUCCCUCUUGGAGGCUGAGGGCAGUGAGUCUCAGUUGUUUGAGUUUGAAAGUGAAUCUGAGGUAUACUCUGCUUGGCAAGAAACGAAACCGGAGAAGAUUCCAGUUGAACAAUCGUUUAGGGUGAUGCGUGCAUUCAGUGUCACACGUGCUUGGGACAUUGCAAACAGUGGUUCUAAAGUGUGCCCUGGGAAGGGGGCCAAGGGCAUGGAAGGGCACACGGAGACACAGAAGAGGGAUGUUACUGGCGAGGAGUGUCGUGAAGUUGACAUCAAACCUAAGAGAAAACGACUUGAAAAGCCUGUGGCCAAAGAGCCUGUGAGGCCUUCAUCUUCUACCGGAAAUGAAGAGCAGGCUGAGGAAGGGAGGCAUCACUCUGGAAACCAUCUUGAGUCUGCAGAUGAAAGAACGGUGACUCCCGACUCCAGUGCUGACAGAGCCACUGUGGCUUUGCCCAGGAAACCUCCCUGCAAGCUUCGUACCUGCCGGAGAGGCCCCAGGAAGACGCCUGCAGAAGCCAGGAAAGGGCAGAACAGAAGUCUCAGCUACCUGAGUUGUAGAACAACUCCUGCAGUAGUACCGCCUAAGAAAUUUCGCCAGUGUCCUGAGCCAACUUCUACAGUUGAGAGACUUGGUCUGAAAAAGGCUCCUCGAAGAGCUUUUGAACUAUCCCAGAGAUCUUUAGAUUCUUUAGUUCAGUUACGUGACCAUGGCAAAACUGUUGGAGUGGUUGAAACACGGAAGAAGAGUAAAUUGAUCGCUCCUCAGACUCUGUCUGUAAGAAAUAAUAAGAAACUGCUGGUAUGUCAAGAUGUCCGUUUGCGUAGGCAGGUGAGACCCAAAUCCCAGCAGAACGUACAGGGAUUCUGUGAUGGUCACACUGGAGAUGCUGCAGGUGCUGAACCACACACAGCCCAGGUUGGUGAAGCAUCUGUGCCAGAAUGUGAUAUGUCUGACAAUGGAGAGCAGGUGGUAAAAUGCACUCCCUCUGAACCAGAAACCCUAAAAGCAAAUUCUACUUCUCAGGUCGCUGCUGCUGCUGCUGCUGCUCUGUGGAACCAGUGUGAUUUUACAGUGGCAAAUGAGAGAGUCCCAGCAGCUGAAGUAGUUGCUUCUACCUCGGAAGAGCCUGUGGGUGGAGCCGACCUGACAGCACGUGGGAUGGAGGUGGCAGGUUUGAAGGAGCUAGAGCCGGAGUGCGGCAGUGACGCUGACGAGACUUUAUUUUUAACCCAAAAUGAUCCUGAAGAUAUGGAUCUGUGUUCACAGAUGGAGACUUUCGAUGAUCAACUGAUUGAAGUAAUUCAUGGAGCAGCUGAUUCUGGAAGUGAGCUGCAGUCGGAGUCAGGGCAUGGCCCAGCGUGCGAGCACCGAGCCUGUGCUGGGACCACGAGCAGCCCUGGCGAGCACUGCGCGAGGCCCGCGGAGGCUGGGGCGGCCGAGGACGGUGUGUUUCGGAAGCCUGCCUUGCCUGCUGCUGCUAAACCUUUGAGACCUUCCACUAGGAAGAUUUUUACCUCAAGUAGCACUUCCCGGAUUGCUAAUCUUUCAAAGUCGUUGGAGAACACUUCUGCCCUUCGGUCAUCUCUAAAAAAUAAACCAAGUGGGCGACAGUCUCUUCCAAAAGAACCACUUGCAGUUUCUGCGGUCUCGUCAAAGCCGAUGGUUGAAAUCCAGAGCUUGUGCAAUGUUGGCCUUCCUCAGGUUCCAAAUAAUCCCAGCAGGCAGCGCUGCACACUGCCGUUUGGGGAAAGCAGGUCUCUCCUCACUUCGUCUCCAACAAACACUCUCUUUGCGUCACAGUCUCUCUCUAAUGCCUUUGUUAAUGAGAUCUUAAAGUGGAAAUACGAGAUGUUUUUGAACUUUGAUCAGUGUGGUCCUCCAGCAAGUCUUUGUCAGUCCAUCUCCAGACCUGUGCCUGUCAGAUUUCAGGACUGUGAAGAUUAUUUUAACAUCUUUUUGCCUUUGAUGAUACUGAAUACUUUUGAAACAGUGGCCCAGGAAUGGAUCAGCUCUCCAAACAAAGAGAACUUCUACCAGUUACAUCUGCGGAAAUUUCCUGGUGAACAGAAAAAAUACAGGGAGUUUGUAGUGUAUCUAGAGGAAUGUGAACUGGCUAAACAGCUUCACCCAAAGGAAAAUGAUUUGGUGUUUUUGGUUCCUGAGCAACUAAAUGAAGAGACGGAAGAUGGAGAGAGAAAUUGUGUACAAGAUCUCCAGAAAUACCAUUGUGGUUAUGUUCAUAAAUUUCGUCGCACUUCAGUCAUGCGUAAUGGGAAGUCUGAGUGUUCCCUCUCCAUCCAGACUCAAGACGAUCUGCCAGGCAAAUCAAAUGAAAUUGUGAAAUUUAAAUGUGUUGUAAUCAGUUCUCUGGUGACUACACAGAGGAAGUUGAAGGCCAUGUCUCUGCUGAGUGGUCGGAACCAGCUGGCCAGAGCCGUCCUGAAGCCAUGCUCCAUGGACUUCUGUAUGCAAGAGUUACCAACUAUGUCAUCGGAGAGAAUUAUUGAUUACUUACGGGAUUUCAACGAGGAUCAGAAGAAGGCAAUAGAGACUGCGCACGCCAUGGUCAAACACUUACCGUCAGUCGCCAAAAUCUGUUUGAUUCAUGGACCACCGGGAACAGGAAAGUCAAAAACAAUUGUCGGCCUUCUCUAUUGCUUGCUGACAGAGAACCAGAGGAAAGGACACCCUGAUGAGAACUUCAACGCCAAAAUCAAACAGAACCGUGUCCUUGUGUGUGCACCUUCUAACGCAGCUGUGGAUGAGCUCAUGAAAAAAAUUAUCCUCGAAUUCAAGGAAAAAUGUAAAGACAAGAAGAAUCCUUUGGGAAACUGUGGAGAUAUAAAUUUAGUAAGACUGGGUCCUGAAAAAUCUAUUAAUAAUGAAGUUCUAAAAUUCAGUUUGGACAGCCAGGUUAACCACAGGAUGAAGAAAGAGUUGCCGUCUCAUGUUCAGGAGAUGCACCGGAGAAAAGAGUUCCUGGACCGUCAGCUGGAUGAGCUUUCCCGCCAGCGCGCUCUGUGCCGAGGCGGACGGGAGGCACAGAGGCGAGAGUUAGAUGAAAAAAUUGCCAGAGUUUCAAAAGAAAGGCAGGAACUUGCUUCUAAAAUUAAAGAGGUCCAAGGUCGGCCCCAGAAGACACAGAACAUCAUCAUCCUGGAGUCGCACAUCAUCUGCUGCACGCUGAGCACCAGCGGCGGGCUGCUGCUGGAGUCGGCCUUCCGCGGGCAGGGGGGCGUCCCCUUCAGCUGUGUCAUUGUUGAUGAGGCCGGACAGUCUUGUGAAGUGGAGACGCUUACCCCACUCAUUCAUCGCUGCAAUAAGCUGAUCCUUGUCGGGGACCCGAAGCAGCUUCCUCCCACCGUCAUUUCCAUGAAAGCACAGGAGUAUGGCUAUGACCAGUCAAUGAUGGCUCGCUUCUAUAAACUGCUGGAAGAAAGCGUGGAGCGCAACAUGAUUGGCAGACUGCCCAUCUUACAGCUGACUGUCCAGUACCGGAUGCACCCAGACAUAUGCCUCUUCCCUUCCAAUUACGUCUACAACAGGAGCUUGAAGACCAGCAGACUGACUGAGACCAGCCGAUGUUCAUCAGACUGGCCGUUCCAGCCUUACCUCGUGUUCGAUGUUGGAGAUGGUUCCGAGAGACGGGACAAUGACUCAUAUGUGAACAUUCAAGAAAUAAAAUUGGUGAUGGAGAUAAUUAAGCUUAUCAAAGACAAAAAAAGGGAUGUCACUUUUCGGAACAUCGGCAUCAUAACCCACUACAAGGCUCAGAAGACAAUGAUUCAGAAGGAUCUGGACCGAGAGUUUGAUAGAAAAGGACCAGCAGAAGUGGACACGGUGGACGCCUUCCAGGGGCGGCAGAAGGACUGUGUCAUUGUCACCUGUGUCCGGGCCAAUGCUCUGCAGGGCUCCAUUGGGUUCCUGGCAAGUUUGCAGCGAUUGAAUGUCACUAUCACGCGAGCCAAGUACAGCCUCUUUAUCCUUGGACAUCUGAGGACCCUUAUGGAAAACCCGCAUUGGAACCACCUGAUUCAGGACGCCCAGAAGCGCGGAGCCAUUAUCAAGACCUGUGACAAAAACUACAGACAUGAUGCCAUGAAAAUUCUGAAACUCAAGCCUGUGUUCCAGAGAAGCCUGAGCCACCCGCUGGCCGCCGUGCCCGAGGCUGCCAGGCCCCAGGGCGGCCUGCCCAGCAGCGCACUUGACAGCGGCAUCGCCAGGACGUCCUUUGCAUCCUCUCUCUACCACACGCUCUCCGACACCAAAGUAAACACUGUGACUCCCACGGUCCCCGAGAGGCUCCCGGGCCAGGAGCAGCUCCGGGACCCACGGCUGCUCAGGAGGAUGGCCACCGAGGCCAAGGGGGCUCUCCUACAGGAGCCUCAGCCAGUGAGCCCCCAGCAUCCUGGGGCCACACCCCCCUCAGCAGAGCCUGGCUUUCCUGUGGCACGACAGGAUGCAAGCAGGGCUGUGCAGCAGGCUGCUGGCCGCGCAGCUGCUCUGAGCACCCACAGACUGUACGGGCAGGGCGGGCCUCCGGGUGCUGGCCCUGAUGCUGUGAGCAGCAGGAGAAGGUAUGAACUGGAAGGGGAGCUGGGCCCCCAAAGGGAGGCCAGGGCCUUCGGUGAGGACAGGCACGAGAGGUACUACACCCGGAGGGCCUCUAGCUGGGACAGGCGGAGAUGGGAGAAGGAGGAGAGCGGCCCCAAGAGAAGAAAGCUAUAGUGGAGCCCAUGGCCGGACUGGGCG